ACAGCUAUCUCGCUUCACUGAGACGGUAAAACUAACACCAUCUCUCUUCCUCCUCCAAACCCAAAAUCUCUCUCUCUCUCUCUCUAUAUAUAUAUAUCUCUCUGUCUCUCCCUCCGGCGACACAAAAACAAGAAAGCUAUGAAGUUCCAAAUCGAAGACGUAACCGUAUACUUCCCCUACGACCACAUCUACCCCGAACAAUACGCCUACAUGCUCGAACUCAAGCGCUCUCUCGACGCCCGAGGCCACUCUCUCCUCGAAAUGCCCACCGGCACCGGCAAGACCAUCGCCUUACUCUCUCUCAUCACAAGUUACUCUCUCUCUAAACCCUCUAAUCCUGUCAAAUUGAUCUACUGCACUCGCACUGUUCACGAGAUGGAGAAAACCCUAGCUGAAUUGAAGCUCUUGUACAAGUAUCAGGUGGAGUGUUUGGGCAAGGCGGCGAGGAUGCUUGCGAUUGGACUGUCGUCGCGGAAGAAUUUGUGUGUGAAUGAUAGGGUUUUGAAGGCGGAGAAUAGGGAUUCGGUUGAUGCGGGGUGUAGGAAGCUGACGGCUAGUUGGGUUAGGGAUUUGGCCGUUCAGAACAAGAAUGUGGAACUCUGUAGUUUUUUCGAGGAUUAUGAUCGGGCCGGGGAUGUGCUUCUGCCUGCGGGUGUUUACACAUUGCAGGACUUGAGGCUGUUAGGGAAAGAGAAAGGAUGGUGCCCGUACUUUUUAGCUCGCCACAUGGUAAAAUAUUCCAAUGUAGUGGUUUAUAGUUACCAGUACUUGCUUGAUCCCAAGGUUGCAGGGAUUAUAUCAAAAGAGAUGGAAAAAGAGUCUGUUGUGGUUUUUGACGAGGCUCACAAUAUUGACAAUGUUUGUAUUGAGGCGCUUAGUGUUAGUGUGAGGAGGCAGACACUUGAAGGGGCUACAAGGAAUCUCAGUAAGAUGUCUCAGGAGAUUGAUAGGUUGAAGGCCACUGAUGCUGGUAGAUUACGCUCCGAAUACAAUCGCCUUGUUGAGGGUUUGGCACAGCGAGGAAAUCUACCUAACAACGAUACCUGGCUUGGAAAUCCUAUUUUGCCUGAUGAUAUUUUGAAGGAAGCAGUGCCUGGGAAUAUACGGCGGGCAGAGCAUUUUUUGUCCGUUCUACGCAGAUUAGUUCAGUAUCUUAAAGGGCGACUAGAAACUGAGAAUGUAGUGAAGGAAGGACCUGUUACAUUUGUUGGCUCUAUAAAUGCACAGGUUGGGAUUGACCAGAAAAUGCUACAGUUUUGUUAUGAUAGACUCCACUCUCUGAUGUUAACGCUGGAGAUAACUGACACGGAUGAGUUUCUACACAUUCAAACAAUCUGUGACUUUGCAACGCUUGUAGGGACGUACACUCGAGGGUUUUCGAUCAUCAUUGAACCCUUCGAUGAAAGAAUGCCGCAUAUUCCUGAUCCUGUGUUGCAGCUCAGCUGCCAUGAUGCUUCACUUGCAAUUAAGCCUGUCUUUGAACGAUUCCAAUCAGUUGUAAUCACUUCUGGAACACUAAGUCCAAUUGAUUUAUACCCACGUCUUCUCAAUUUCAAUCCCGUUGUUAGUCGAAGCUUUACAAUGUCCUUGACAAGGGAUUGUAUUUGCCCAAUGGUUCUUAGUCGUGGAAGUGAUCAACUUCCUGUUAGCACAAAAUUUGAUCUGCGAAGUGAUCCCGGUGUUGAAAGAAAUUAUGGAAGGCUCUUAUUAGAGAUGGUCUCUGUUGUUCCUGAUGGAGUUGUGUGUUUUUUUGUUAGUUACUCAUAUAUGGAUGGAAUUGUAAAUAGUUGGAAUGAAUUGGGAAUUCUGAAGGAGGUAAUGCAGCAUAAGCUUGUGUUCAUUGAGACACAGGAUGUUGUUGAAACUACAUUGGCCCUGGACAACUAUCGCAGGGCUUGUGAUUGUGGAAGAGGUGCUGUCUUUUUCUCUGUGGCCAGGGGAAAAGUAGCAGAAGGCAUAGACUUUGAUAGACAUUAUGGCAGACUUGUUAUCAUGUUUGGCGUUCCUUUCCAGUACACGCUAAGCAGGAUAUUACUUGCACGGUUAGAGUAUUUACGAGAGACCUUUCAAAUAAAAGAAGGCGAUUUCUUGACUUUUGAUGCAUUGAGACAGGCUGCUCAAUGUGUGGGGCGUGUAAUCCGUUCAAAAGCUGAUUAUGGAAUGAUGAUAUUUGCCGACAAAAGGUACACCCGUCAUGACAAGCGUUCAAAGUUGCCAGGAUGGAUAUUGUCACAGUUACGUGAAGCACAUUUGAACCUGAGUACUGACAUGGCGGUGCAUAUAGCAAAAGAUUUCUUGCGUAAAAUGGCCCAACCAUACGAUAAGACCGGUGGUGGUGGUAAGAAGACUCUAUUGUCGCAAGAAGACUUGGAAAAGAUGGGCAUUGGCAAUACUGACAUGCUGUUUUGAGGAUUUAUCUUUUUAAACUCUAGCAAGUCAUCAAUUUGGCAAUUUCUCUUAUUUUGUUUAAUUGCAAACUAACGAUUGACAGAUAUAGAAGCACGUUUUUGUAGACAAAUUAGCUGGAGAUGCCGGAAUCUGACUGCUUAGGAAGACCCUGGUAUUAUAAAGAUUGUUAUAAUGCUGUCUACAGUUUUGGUGUAUAUUAGCAGUUAAAUAUGAGUGGAAUCUGUUACAUAUAGCGCUGUUCAGUCAAUUUGGCAUAUAGAAUCUGCCGUGGUUGAAUGACACUGUUAUAUAUAGUGGUGUUUUUGCGCAAUAAGUUCUGCUAGUGUUUUGAAUGA